AACCAGAAGGCUGGAGACUGGAGACACAUCAUCACAUCAUCAUUCCCUUCAACAGUCAAGGCCCACACCGACAACGACUGGGAGAAGCUGGGCCAGUGCGUGAAGCAGCAAGAACAUCAGCACGGAGGGCGGCUGGUGUGUGUGGUCCCAGCAGCAGCCAUUUGGGUACAUCGGCAAGCCAGUACUAGCCCGCGGAGCGUAUUGGACAGCGGACACCUAGCACAGCAGCGGAGGAGGAGCAGCGGGGCGGCUGACAAGGCGACCGGGCGGGAGGGUCGUCAUGGACCGUGCUGGAUCGGAGCAGCAAGAUCGUGAGGCACUGCUGGCGCUGUACUGGUCGAGCGGGGGUCCGCGAUGGAGCCGCAAUCAGGGGUGGGCUAGUAACGACGCGGACUUGGGGAACUGGCACGGGGUGAUGUGCAAGGACGGGAGAGUCGUGCGGCUCGAUCUCGACAGGAACGGCUUGGUCGGUACAAUCCCUGCUGCGCUUGGAGGCCUUACCAAGGUCGUCUACCUGCGUAUGAGCUGCAACAACUUGACUGGACCGAUCCCAAGCACGUUCGGGCACCUCUCCCGCCUCAACUAUCUCGACAUCCGAUCGAACCAGCUUACCGGUGGCCUCCCGGCGGAGCUGGGUAAGCUGACGGAGUUGUCGAAGGUGGACCUCAGCUGUAACCUUCUCGGAGGACGCAUUCCCCCGGAGGUUGGCAACAUGACCGGGCUCAUGCUGUGCUGGCUGGAGAAGAAUCACAUCCAAGGCCCUAUUCCGCCGGAGCUGGCAAACAUCCCUCAGCUCACGGACCUGGACCUUACGGAAAACCGUGUCGAAGCGGGACGACUCAAGGGGAAAGGGCUCAUGGAGUGGAAAGAGGCGGCGAGGCAGCGCCUGAUCGAUUCCCAAAGCGGGACGGUUUCUUGGCAGCACGGAGCAGCCGGCCCUUCCCCAAGGGCCACCCCUUCCGCAACGGCCACUCCUUCCGCACGCGACGCCGCGGCCCACCGUCCUUCGUUCAACGUGCAAGAGUACUUGGAUAACAUGAUGGCCAAGGACAGAGAGAUCGCAGAACUCAGGGCGGAGAACGAGCGAUUGAGAAGAGGGUCACGGAACACAUCGGGAGCGGUAGUCCGCAAUUUCUUCGGUCGGUCAAGCGAAAGCCGUCGAUGAUGAUAACAACAGUCGCGCGGGGGAUGGAUCGACGCCAUGCUGCCAGUGGGAUACGCCGAUCGUCGCUUGUAGGCCGAUGUUGCUGUCGCUGUUGGUUAUCGGUGGUGGUGAUGGGGUUGGUUUUUUGAGAGAAAAGUUUUCGGCGAUGGGGAUCGCCUUUGACACAUGUACAGGGAGGAAGGAGCAGCAGCAGCGGCGGCGGCGGCGGCGGCAGCCAUCUUUCUAUUUUACGAACACGGUUGGUAGAUGGCCCGUGCUAUAGUCUUUUGGCCUUCCUUGUCGUUCGUUGUUUGGCUGUCGUGUCUCUCUUAGUUCGCCAAGACGACGGCGCAUGACGCGAGGUGUAGAGGGUUGCCUGAGCUUUAACUGUGCGGGUGUCGAGUCCUACCUUCCGCUCCUGGUUGUGCUCUUAAGUAUAGAGUAGUGUCGGCUGGCCUAUUCCCAUGUUGCACGUUUAGGUUUGUCCUUGUUGUCAUAAUACAGUCAUACUCCAAAGCACUCCUUGCGUUCUCCAGACUGAGGGCCCGAAAUAUUGGGGCGUCGCAGUGUCGAGGAGGGGAGUAGACAUAUGUGUGCUCGAAUAUUUCCGGGGGGCGGCGUUUUCGUUGUCAGCACAAUCGUUUUCAAUUUUUCUUGUGUCGACGGCGAUAGCAGUUCUAAACCUUGUCCAGUGUACGGGGCGGAAUGGCAGCCUUCUAAAGUAUAUAUAUAUAUUAGCUUUCGCCCACAUUGUUGUAUCGUAUGAGCACCCGUACAUCCUUUCGAGGUGGUGACAGCGAUAUACGUCGAGGUUCAAUGAAGAUGUUGGCAUAGCGUCAGUCGGGGGUGGGAGGGUUAGAGGCUUUCGACGUAACAGUGGAGUUUUUAUCGAUCCCCUCAUUUAGGCACGUCUUUCGCGUGAUACUUUACUAUUUACGUCUGUUGGUUUGUGUCUCGUGAGGGUUUUGAGUUGGAGGGCGGAGUGUCGGUGUGUUGUUGUUCCGCGAUUCUGAAGUCAUCAGGCGCUAGCCCCGAGCUCUGCGGGACUGCACACCAGUGUACCGCAGCUGUUCAUCGUAAGACGACCAUGGUUGCUCAGGGACUUGCAGGUUUAGGUGCAUCGGCACUAGACCCCCCGCCAGGCGAGCCGAGAAUUGUUGUCCCGCGGUCGUUUGGCAUCUGUCUUGUCUGUUUGCAUCGGCAGAAAUCUGUCUCUUUUGUAUUGUCGUACUCCUGUCUAACUCACAAGAUAAGCACCCACCCUUUCCAGAACACCUCAUAGCGAGUUUUUUGCGCGGUUGGGGUAAAAGGUAGCAAGUGCUACUCGUAGAUACAGUUUGGGAUAAUGACAGCUUAUGUAAGAACGUUCGCAGAAGCUUCUCCAAGAUCAUGGACAAAGCACCCAACUGCACCUACCUGAAGGGGAAGUGUGGCGGUGGGAGUUGUCUGCCAAGCAAAAAGUGGUUAGUACCAAGCAAGGAGGUUGUCGGUCAGGUGCUCCGAGGUCCUCAAUCCAACGGGUUGCUUUCUUUCCCGUUCCGGUGUUGCGCGGUUGUAGAAGUUUUUUCUUGGAGAGCCUCCUGUGGUUUUGGCCGUCGUUUUUACUCAGCCGCCAUCGUGCUGGUUCGUGGUAUGGUAUGUCUCGAUAGUCCUAUGUCGAUUCUCGCAAGAAUUGCGGGAAAUAUUUGGCCCACGGGGCUCCCCUUCCAGGGCACGCCCAACCCGCUUGUAUGCGUUUGUUUCUAAGAAAUUUCCAACUCCACGAAUAUUCUGGCGGCUGUUCUUUUUUAAGAAAAUUCGCGAGUAUUCUGGCGACCGUUCCGAACUCGUGUGUUGAAACGCCUACUUUCAGGAAGUUGUUCCUCCGUGGGAUUGGAGGUGUGUCUAAGUAUUUAUUGAGCUGAACUCGAUCGAACUGGUUGAGUGUUCCCAGGUGGGAUGAAAGGGGGUACAUGCGCCUUACUCGGAGUACUUUUGUGUUUCGUUUGUCCUAAGCUUCGUUUCGGUUGUUAUGGUAAGGCACUCUCGCGCCUGCUUUGUCCGUGCGGUUUUUGGUGGGUUUUCCACCCAUCUUGUACUUGUAGUCGGGUUAGCGUCUGCCGUCGGUCACGCGACGUUCCUCCUUCUCUCGCCGUGAUCGAUCAGCUAUCGGCGUGGACGAAGAGCAUUCUUCACAACAUUCCCAAGAACGUUCUUGGGAUCAGCGAUCGGCGUGGCGACCUGCGUCUCCGCGUGGAAUGACUACAUGUACUGCUGCUUCACAAAAAUGCACGUCAUUUUUUUAGUCUUUUCCACACC